AUGGAGACUGUUCAUACGUGGAAGUAUAUAGACUUUCUUUGGCAGUCUAAAAAAAUGAGACAACAGGCCAUCAGUUCUGGUGACUAUAAUUACACUCAAAUGAUGCCUAUGGAUGUUGAUCAAGCGUCAGAUGGACGAAUAUUUGUAUCGUUUAAUGGUCAAAAAGGCGUGCCUGCAGUUUUGGGAACUGUAACCAGGAUAGUAAAGUAUCGUUCUGGGCCAUUAAUAAAACCGUACCCUAAUUGGUCAUGGUUCAAAAAAAAUGACUGCAAUUAUAUGCAAAAUGUGUAUAGAAUAGCUAUUGACGAGUGCCAAAGAUUAUGGGUACUCGAUACCGGCUCCAGAGAAGAGUCAAAAGAAGAGGUACGAGUGGAGUGUGAUCCUAAACUGUUUGUUUUUGAUUUGAAGACUGAUACAUUGAUCAGUAAAAUAAUUAUCCCUAAAGAAUACGCUCUUGGGUCAAAUAAUUUGACUUUACUAGCUACUCCGAUUGUCGAAACUAGUGGACAUGAUUGCAGUGACACAACUGUAUACAUGGCUAAUGUUCUCGGACAGGCAAUGGUAAUUUGGAAUAAUGGAAAAUGGUCUCGUUUAGAGCAUCCAGUGUUUGAUCCAGUUGAAAGCGCAGCAAAUAUUACAUCAGGUGGCAACACAAUUGAAUGGAACGCUGGCAUUGUUACCAUGGACCUUUCUCCUGAAUUUCUCCCAGGCGAACCAAGACAACUAUACUUCCACUCUUUAGCCUCUUUCGAUCUUAAUUGGGCAGAUGCCGGAAGAUUAAAACGAAGUUCCGAUGGAAGUGACGUCGAUUAUUAUAGCGCUAAGAACGUAUUGAGCAGCCAAGCUGUAGGCGUUGCUUUCUCUUCCGAGGGCACAUUAUUUAUGGGUUUGCCUAAAGAAGCAGCUAUUGCUUGUUAUAACAAAUACAGGGACUUAAAACCGGUGAAUGUUCAAAUUAUCACUCAAGACAGUAAGCGUAUGCAGUACAUCAAUGGAAUGAAAACCAUUCGAAACCCAAGAACAAACAAAGAGGAAUUAAUAGUUAUUUCCAAUCGGUUAAUAGCUUUCGAAUUUGAUAAAUUAAACUUCAAAGAUUAUAACUUCCAUAUUCUGAAGAAAAGCGUCGAAGAACUCGUUGUUGACACAGAGUGCGCGUUACCAGAUGAAAUUCGGCGUAAGAAAUACGAUAGCAUGAAUCCAAAUAAUGAAGAACUUUAUUUUUUUGGAAAAUCAAAUUCAGCUGAUCACAAGAACAACAAUGUGUUUAAUCACGUCUAUGGAUAG